AGAGUGAAUCGUCAAAAUGGUGUCACGACGGUUUGUGCAGUGAUGAGUUGUCAUAAAAAGAAAGAAAAAAGAGAAGAAAAGGGAAAAAAACAAAUCUUUACAAAGGUAAAAUUAAUUCGCUACAACAAACGUUUCUCGAUUGUUCUCGUUUUCGAUGUUAUCGCUUCGGCACAUUCUGUGAUUCGGUACACCAUCGUUUGAAGAUGCAAAGGGUUACUACUUUGUGCUCUCGUCGCGAGUGCUUGCCUCUUAUCGAUGCUAUUUACGCGACAUAGCUAUAUUCCGAGCAUUGGAGAGAGACUUUAAUAAAAACUGUGCUUCGACAGACAUGGAAAGAGAAAGAGAGAAAGAAACAACAGAAAGAAACGACGUUGAAAUACAGGUCAUUCCGAUUAAGCACGCGCGUUUCUGGGGUGCAUUAAAACCUGUACCGGCACAAGGUCUCGUUUAUUAAAACCGCGCGACCGGAAUUGACCUUAAUCGUGCGUCUUUUUCGGCCAUCUUCGUCGCGAUUCCUCGAAACGAUUCUACGAACGUCGCACGCGUAUUUCGCACGCGAGGCCACGCGGUUGAAUGCGUGCCGCGCGUUUGAAAACGCCUCUUUUGUUCGGCUCGCUUUGCGAUUUUUAAGCAGAGAUAAAUUUCUGCUGAUUUGUUGGGGAAUUUUUGCUGCAACCUUUGUGCAUUUGACGUGAGCCACGUUUCGAGAAAAUGGAUUUCUGUGAACUUGAAAAGAUCGGAAUUAAAAUAAAGAUUUAAUCAUUGGAUCGGAGAAGAAAAUUGGGAUUAAAAAACAUAAAUGUGAAUAAGAAAAAUAAUGGAAGUGAACGUACUAGAUAUUUUACGUGGCGUUGAUUACAAAAAUGUCAAAUUAUAAACAGCGUUUAAAAAUAACGUAUGAAGUACGAACGAACCAGUUGAGAUAAAUGAUAAAUGUAGCACGCACCAUAAAGGGUUAAAUGUGAUAUUCAUCAAACACGCAUUUUUAACAAACGUUCGGGAACACUUGCGUUGAAAUAUUUACGUUGAGGCUGAGAUACUCGUGCUGGCCGCUAAUCGACGACGGGAAACCGCAUUAAGCUUCCACUCAUCAAAAUGUGAAUUUCGAAGAGGGAACGUUAUUAUUAUUACGAAGAAAGCAGCAAUGUAGGAACGAGAAUUUGUUGCGGAUCCGAGCAUACGAUAUAAUUUUCAUACUGCAUGGCAACGCAUCUUCGUCCACGAAACUUCAAUCGUCCACGCACUUCAGCAUGAUAUGAUAACAGCGACCGAGGAUAACUCCCCCGCAAGAUGAAGAAUCCUUACGUCCUCGCGUGUUUCCUGCUCGUUGCGCCCGCGGUGCUGAGCCUCACCCUGCAGGAGGACGAUCUGGUGUUCGACGACGUCGGCGAAGAGGGGACCAGCACCGCAGCAACGGUGAUCAGUCGUCGUUACGACGAGCGCAAGGCCAACUGGUUCGAGCAAAAGUAUCCCCACGAGAUCAAGAGGCAUCAAUUCGACAAGGUGAACAACGUGCCCCACGUCGUGGUCCCGGUUGGCCACGUGCUUAAGCUCCGUGUCCACAAGGAAGCGUUCACGGGGCCCGAAGAUUACUACGAGUUGUUCGACUCGAGCGGAAACAAGCUACUGCGAUGGCUGUACUGGGACGACGCGGCGUCGACCCUGAUGGGCGUCCCGACGAAGAAGGACGUGGGGAGCCGUCGCCUGAGCGUGAAAGUGGUGCCUAAGGACGACGUCGCCACUACGAAGGAUCUGUUCGUCGUGCAAGUCGUCCCCGAGAAGCACGAGGAAUUGAAGCACAGGGACGGAAAGACACACUGCAACGAAGGGGAGGAACAGACAUUGCUGACGAUACUGUUGGACGCAAAGUUCGACAACCUCACGCCGGUCACGCGAGUCAACACCAUCGAGAACCUCGCAGGAUUUCUGGGACUUCACGUGAGCGCAUUUUCGAUGCAUCCGCAAAACGCCAAAGAGAAUUUCAACGCCGAUUCCACGGUGAUCCUUAGCGGGCCCGGAAACGUGAAACAUCGGAAAGAGAAACAUCUCACGGCAGUUCAAUGGCAGGUCGGUUGUGACGGUCAUUUAUGGAGACACCAGACAGAUUUGGUGAAACAUCUGCGAGAACAAGCGAAGGACGGCACUCUGGCGGAAGUAAUGCAACUUCCGGUCCUAUUAUGGCGCGUUAAAACGGAAUCGAGCCUGUUACUAAGAAGCAGAAGAGAGAGCGGUUCCGGACACUACAGUAAUCCGGAUUACGACAGUUACGACGAUUAUGAUAUUGAAUACGAUGGUGAAGAUGGCGAGGAUGGCGAGGAUGGCGAGGAUGGAGAGGACGGCGAGGAUGGGGAUGACUCGCAAGUACAGCCAACGUUCAUGCCCGAAACUAAUCUCGCCCCGGAACAUCCUCACAGGCACCACCACGGGGAGGAACCUAUCGAUUGGAACACCGAAGAUGAUGAUCUUGUAAUACCCGACACUCAUCCGGACAUAAUAGAGAGCGUAUUGAACAGAACUACUACAGACCCCGUGUCAACUCCGACAGAACAGUCGUCUAUGACCUCGACGAAACAAUCCAGUACUCUGUUACCUGUCACAGUACCUGCGAACACUACAACCACAACCACAACUACAGCAUUCGUUACAUUCUAUAACACUACAACUACAACACCACUAAUAACGACACAGAUGAGAACAACGCCAACUACCACAACAACCACCACCACCACCACUACCACUACCACUAUGGCCCCAACCACUGCCAGUACAACCACCACCACGACCACUACCACUCCAGCGCCGACCAGCGCUGCCACUGAACCAGCUAGAGUUAUCACGGAAACCGAGUACGAAGUUCACAACUUUGCACCUAGACAAGAUAGAAGAUUGAAGAAAAUACCUGUCACAGCUGGAAAACCGUUAAGCUAUGUCAUACCUGCCAACACAUUUAGCGAUAUGGAAGAUGGAGAUACCAGGAAUUUGAGACUUAGUUUAUAUCUACAGGGUGCACCGUUAAAACCCACUCACUGGUUGCAGUUUAAUCAGAAAACGCAGGAAGUUUAUGGAUUGCCAUUGGAGAAUGAUAUUUCUACCUGGACCUACGAAUUGGUAGCUGCCGAUAACGAGGGAUUAAAUGUGACAGAUCGACUUGAUAUUCACGUACAGCAGCACAAGCUUAGUCGGACUGUAAACCAUGAAUUUAGUAUAUAUUUAAGGAUCGAUAAGCGAACUGAAUUUCCUACAGACGUAGACUGGGAGCUAAAGGUAAUUCGAAGUAUAGCCGAAUUAUACGAAGAUAGCGAUACCAGACAUAUUACUGUCAGAUCAGUCGAUAUCGAUCGCGAUCAGGCGAUUUUCACUUGGACCAACGAUAGUUUGCCUAGAAGCAGCGAUUGUCCUAAAAAUUAUAUCAACGAUUUAUUACAUGUUCUGAUUGAUAGAAAUGGUGACCCUAGUUCUUCGCUGAGAAAUGUUCUUCUCCCUGAAAUUAGAGUGAAACGAGUAGUUUAUCAAGGCAUUGGACAAUGCGAAGAUAUGACCCGUCCAGAAGUGCCAAAAGUUUCCACGCAGGAGCCUAAAUCAAAUUUCCCGCCGCUACCAAGAAAUCAAGUGGAUCUUGUCAAUGCCACUGUUGGUCAAUUACUUAUAUUUAAAGUACCAGAAGAUACUUUUUACGAUGCAGAAGAUGGUUCUGCAAGAAACAUGAAAAUGUCUCUGCUAACUAUUGAACGCAAACCUAUUCCACCAUACGAGUGGUUGCAAUUCGAUAGUAAAAAUCAAGAAUUUUAUGGAGUACCAAUGCGUAGUGACGUUGGACGUAAAGAAUAUCAAUUAGUAGUUACUGAUAAAGAAGGCGCAAGCGCCACUGACGGCCUAGUGGUUGUGGUUCAUUCUGCUCCUUUUAUGCAACACACAGUAGAAUUUUCCAUGACAUUGGAUAUCCCAUACGAAUCAUUUGCACAUUCUGCUCUUCAAAAGCGCAAUUUUAUUGAAAAGUUACGUGAUUUGUACCAAGAUAAAGAUACUAAUGCAAUCUCAUUGCAUAGCAUAUCAAAUGGUAGUACAGUAAUCACGUGGCACAACAGAACCUUGCCUACCUCGUAUUGCGCGCAUGAAGAAGUUAGCAGAUUGCGUUCAGUGCUUGUUAAAAGUGAUAAUGAUCGUCGAUCCGUUACAGAUGAAGUCCUUGAGAUCAUGGGUUUAAAAUUCCCUGUUAAACAAAUCACUGUGAUUCCCAUGGGCAUUUGUCUUGGCGAAUUAACAGACGUUCAUUCGCGUGACAAUCAUGUUCCACCAGUGGACGAUUCUACUUCAGUUGGGGCGUUCCACGAUGAUUAUCUUAUCACAUUCGUCCUACCAGCUAUAAUAAUCGCCAUAAUGCUCAUCUUAGCAGGCAUCAUUGCAUGCGUAUUUUAUAGACGAAGGCGUAGUGGGAAAAUGAGUGUCAGCGAACAAGAUGACGAAAGACAAAGUUUUCGUAGCAAGGGAAUACCGGUUAUUUUCCAAGAUGAAUUGGAUGAAAAACCAGAUCCAGGUAACAAAUCUCCUGUCAUUUUAAAAGAAGAGAAACCACCGUUACCACCUCCCGAAUAUCAAAAAGCUGAAGACGGUGCAGAUGUACCAAUGUUGCCAAAGGAGAAUUCCGAGGAACCGUACCAACCACCUCCACCAUUCGCCACGAACCGCGAUACUAACCGUCAGAAUCGCCCUAAACCCACUCCUACAUACAGGAAACCACCUCCAUACGUACCUCCCUAACAAAAUACGGUUCACUCGCCUACGCGCAAAUAUAUGUUAGCGAUGCUCGGAGACUCCCCAAUUCACGCGCAAAACCAAACCAAUUAUCAGAAGAAAUCUCAGCUUGCCGGUAAAAUCGACAACUGCGGAUCUCUGAACGUAUACAACAAUCUUAAGUAAAAAAGAAAAAAAAAGAAAAAAAAAUGCUUUCGUUCGUCCCGGCAUUCAAUAUCAAUAUAUAAUAUAAUAUAUCGAUAUUAUGAUACAAGAGAAGAUGAAAGAUCUGUUCGUGAGAAUUCACACCAAAAGUCACGCCCAUUUUAUUAUAUAUUUUACUUUAUUAUAUAAUCUAUAUAUAUAUAUAUAUAUAUAGAUAUGUACUCAUAUAUGUACUAUAUACAUAUACAUAUAUAUAUAGAUAUGUACUCAUUUAUCGCUAUUUAUCCGCGGUAUUUAAAGGAAGAGAAAGGAAAGAAACAAGAGGGAAAUCGUCCAUAAGUUUCUUUUCUUUUUCUUCCUUUUUUUAUUUUAAUUUUAACAAAUGUACUUUUGUCAUUAUCGAUCGUUUUGUAAUUUCGGGAAACUUUUUCUAGGGAGUGUAUGGGAUUACAAAUCACGCGUUGCCUUUCGUAACGAAUUCAAACUGUAGAGAGAGAGAGAGAGAGAGGGAGAGAGAGAAUGAUUCACUACUCUGACCGGGUAAGCGGAUAUUUUAGGUUUUAGAUUUAUGAAACUUGUAGAACCAGCCAAGUCGUUUAGGGCGAAAUGUAUUUUACUUGAUAAUAUGAGGAUAGGAAAAAGAACCGAUGUGUAUAUGCAGCAACGAUACUCGUUAAAUAUUUCAGUAAUAUCAGUGCCAUUUUUUAAGCAAUAAGGGUAUCCUGCUGUGAAUGAAGAAAACACAUAAUGGUUCUAUGACUUAACACAAUUUACUGUUUAAAAAAAAAAAAAAAAAAAAAAGAAAAACAUGCGGUCUCCAAGUAUCAAAGACUAUCGACUUAACGAAUCAUACAACGUACCUAUAAUGCAUAACGCUGCCAGAUAAAAAAAAGAAAUAUGAUAAUUCGUCGUCGGAUGAGAUAGUUUUAUUGUUAGUUAUUCAAGAUUUUUUUUUAUAUUGUCCAUUUUAUAAAAGGAAGGAAUAUUAAAAAGGAAACGAAUAUCAGUUUCAAAUAUUCUACGAUUUUAUUGAACUGAUCCAUCCGACAAUCGAUUGUCAGACUUAAACGAUUAACUUAAGUAAAACGUGAAGAUUUUUUUAAAGAAAAAAAAAAAAAAAACGUAACUUAAUUAAAACGUAACGUGUGUAUCUGUUUGCGCGAUAUGCCAUUGCAGAAUGACAGCAAAAUGCUUCCAUUGGCGCUGUAGGCCAUGCAGAAUAAAAGAAAAAUUAAUGAUAAUAUAUACAAAUAUAUUAUAUAUAUAUAUAAAUAUGUAUAUUACCUAUUUGUCGUUCGAUAGACAGUCUGCUGCAGUUACUUAGAUCAAUGUUCAAAAACACUGCCAGAUCCACCUCAUAUAAUAUAGCAUUUACAUUGUCUUGCUCUUUUUAUUUUUUUAUUUUAUUUUAUUUUAUUUUAUUUUAUUUUUUUUUAUUCGCAAUGUACAACGGGCUUUCUACUCGUUUUACGCACAAUCUGACAAAAAAUUGUUUCUUUUUUUUUUUAACUGUAACUGUAUUCUGUGACUAUUAUUUAAAGUUUUUUGUUUCUAUUUUUUAUAGCUUAAAAAAAAUUUUUAUCUUUUAACAAUUCUAAAUCUGUUGAAAACUUAAUUUUAAUUUAGAUUUUAUAUAGUUACCAAGCCAAAAAAAAACUAACUAAAUAAAGCAAAAAAGAAAAAUGGGAUUAAAUAAGAUGGAACAAAAGGAGAGGAGGACAAAGUAAUAAGAUCUACUUUUUAACAUAUACAAACAAGCGUAAACACCCGUACAUCCUUCGACGCAUACGCGUUUUUUAUAAUUUUAUAAUCUAAUAAACUGCUCUGUUGCAAAGAAAAAUUCUGACUAAUUUCAAUGAAUGAAUAAAUAAAAAAAAAAAUAGAAAAAAAUAUAAAUUGUAAUUUUUUUCGUGGAAUACGGGUAUGUACGCAUUGCCGUUUCUUCAAUACCUCGAUAAUUUCCUGAUAUUUUUUAAAAGAAGAAGGAAAUAAUGCGAGAAAUCGAAAGAAAAGAUGAAAAAAAAGGGAAUAGAAAAGAAAAAGAAAAAAAUAUGAUAUCUGUCGCGUACCUCGAAUUUGAAGGCUCCGUUCAUUCACUUUUUCGUAAAAUGAAUAGGUAGUUAAUAAAUCUACAAAUUUGGGGUCACUCCUAUUAAAACUUGGUAUGAAUGAUGAUGAUAAUUGUGUAUGUAGAAUGAUAAACGGAUGUUUCGUAUGCAAGCUAAAUUACAAUAUAAUAUAUAAUACUAUUAAUUCACAUCUUUAUAAUGUAGAAGAUGUAAGUAUAUUAACACGCGACUAUCUCUUAAAUUCAUUUUCAUCGCGUCUUGUUUAUCGCAGAAUAUUUCGAACAGAUAUAGGUAUUUUACUCCAUGAAGUACGUUACGUUCUCAUGAAACGAACAAGAUAUUACAAACUCGUUGCGAUAUAUCGCACGAAUUAGAAAUCUCGGGAGUAUUUUCUAUUUUUGUAUCAUGUUUUAGUGUAUCAGCUGUUCAAGAAAAUUGAAAUGUCACGGAUCGACGAGACAAACCACGCUCGAGCUAUCUUUAAAAAAAAAAAGAAAAAAAAAUAGAUUGAAAUCUUUUUUUACAAAAAAGAAAAAAAAUAUACAAUGAAAAGAAAAUAAAUGAAAAUAAAAGAAGCUCGAAUCGUGGAAGAGAAUAUAUCGAUUGUGUAUAAUCGAUUGCGAAAUACCAUUUAAAGACAACUUUCCGAAUCUCCGAUCUGUGACCUGCGAUAAGCAAGAGAACUCAUAUCAUGCUUUUAAUCAUAUCAUCGCGUAAUUUUCAUGCGCUACAAUUGUGUUACUGUGACAGAAACGACGAAUAUGUAUGAUAAAUAUGUACGAUAUUUAUAAAAUACGGAGAAUGGAAAAAAAAUGUAAAGAAAGAAAAAAAGAGGUUAGGUCUGAUGAAAACGAAAAUAAGAAAACAAUUGUCAUCUAGAAAAUUUAAAGAAAUUCGGUUUCUUUUUUGUCCUACGAAAAAUAAAAAUAAAGGGUGAUUCGAAAGUAUUUUGUACAAAAGACAAUGGGGAAACAAGAAUGAAAAAACAAAAAAAGUUACGACAAGGAAAUAAAACAAAGAUUGUAGAAUUCGAUCGAUUCCUAAAGGACAUGAAUAAACAAAAAAAUUCCACUUCAAGGAGAGAAACGAAGAAGAAAAAAUUAUUACAUUACGUAUAAACAAUUUCUUAUACACAUAAUAAGAAUAAUAUUUAUUAAAAAUUAAAAAUUUAUUAAAAAUUUUGUUUGUUAUUCGUUUCAAUAAAACUUCGGAUAGAAGCUUGGGCCAAAUAAAAAUGUCCUUUCUUCGAUUUCUACGAUCGAAAAGAUAUCGUAUUUCGCUAACGGUCAUUUUUUCGAAUGAUAUCGUCGACGAUAAAUAAAAGAACGUUGAUUAACACACACAUACACAGAUACACGCAUAUACAGAUAUUUCUGACAAGUACUGCAUAUUAAACACGUGUAAAGUUAAGAGUUAAUAAAAUCAUUUUAGGAUA